CAGCUGGAAGUGGCUGUAGAAACAUUGAAAGCUGAAUCUGAACGUAGGAGAACAAGGCUGACACAAGCCUGCGAAGCCCAGCAGUUUCUCACAGAGCUUUUGGAGGCCGAAGCAUGGAUGGCGGAACGAGGCUUUGUCAUUAAAUCCUCUGACAGUGGGAAGAAUGAGGAAUCCACACAAGCACUACUUCGCAAGUUAGACACCACCAUCCGGGACCUGGAAGGUUUUUCUCCUAGAAUUGAGAAAUUAAGAGACACAGGCAGAAACUUACAAAUUGAUAGCAACAACCCAGAAAGG